AUGUACCCAUCAGACCACCAAGCCAGCCCAACACUGACAUCACCGUUUAUCAAUAUCGGAAGAGUGUAUAGGGGCCCCUUGCCCAGUCCGUUGGGAGCUGCAGGAGCGCAAAACCUCAUUGAACUCUUCGACGACGAACUGGCUAGACCUUACCAAGCUCGUCUAGACUCGAACACAUGCGCGUCCCCACCAGGAAUGCGUAUUCAUGUGAUCGAUGAGCCUCACUUGGGGACAUCUACUGAGCCGCCUACUGAAACUUUUGCUCCAGAUGUUAGCUCAGAUGGCGAUAAUAUCGGCCAGCUUAAUGGACAAGAGAUUGGCUUUGACGAUAACAUACUUCCCGGUUUUGCCAUUAAGACUAUCCAGCGUCUCGACAAAGGCCUACGUUCAAUAGCACGAGAUGCCGACAACGAUGGAGAUGAUGGUGAACAUGCUGUUGAUUCAGAGACAAAUACCGAUGAUAUAGGCAUCUACGUCUUCGUCGUUCGACCCUGGCGGAGAGUCCUUAGUCGUGACAGCGAAAGCAACAGCUACACUCUGUCGCCGGCAGACACACGGAACAGUCUAGCAGUAACUCUUCGCAGGCAUCUUCUUCGUCGCAACCACCUGGCCCUCCCAGCCCUCUCAGGCUUCUGGCAGUCAGGGUUUUGGCGAUUCAAGACGGUUCAGCUUACCUCUCGACUCUCUCGUCUCGCCUAUCACUUCACAUACAUGGGCUGA